GUUUUGUGUUCAGCCAACAUGGCGGACGACUUCGACGGCAGAAACGAGUUUGGUGGAAAAGGAUUCUACGAUAAUUUUGGCGAUGCUCCUAGGUAAAAAUCAUCAAAUUUCCUCGUUGUAGAAAUUUUAUAAAACAACUCGAUUUUGUCCCUUAGGGAUUAUGGUGGAUCGUACGGUGGAGGAAGACGGCGCGGUGGAGGAGGUGACCGAGGGAAUCGCGAUCGCGGUCCAAGGCCACUACCGACAGAGCCACCUUUCACUGCAUUUGUAGGGGGACUUCCCCCAGACACUGUCCAAGGAGAUCUGGAUCACAUUUUUGCAGAUAUACAGGUUAGUUUUCUUAGCGAUCAAAGACAAAAAAAAGGCCCUAGUCUGAAUGGAGUUGAUGCUCCGAUCAUGAUUUUUAUGAUAACCCACGCGUGCUUUCCUUGCAAUGAAUCUGUGCGAUGAUUCUCUCGAUUUUUUUACCUUCAAACUGCAUGGCUUUACUUUCGGUGUAGGUUUUGCUCGGGUGUUAAAGAGAGCGAAGUUGUAGUGUACUUGCAGGUCAGAUGCUUUUCCAUUCAACAUUGAGAUUGCUGUCAAUAAGAUUUAAGCUUAUUCAUCUCACAACAACAGUGUUUUAUACAAGCUUAACAAAAAACUUACAAGACAGCGAUUUCGUUAUUCAGAUCAAGUGCUGCAGCAAACUCGUGCCAGUUAAGUUUGGCGCGAAUACUUAGUCACAUUUUUAUUGUUUCUCCUUAAAUAUUUUAAGGCGUGGAUAACGUUGUCUUCUUUUACAAUAAUCAUGGCAACGCAUGCAAGACACAUGCACAUAUAAAAGGUGUUGAGGAGUGGCAAGGUAUUCUGCAUGAGUAUUCUGCAGAUAAAUUAAAUUGCUUAGAACUGAACCUAUUUAAAUCCAAGGUUUUUUUUGGAUGAGGGAAAAAGGUGUUUAUCAGAAACAAGGGAUGUCAUCUAUUACUUCAUUUUUAAAUUCCCAGGGGGACUUUAAAAGUAUUUUCCUCAUUAAAAGGGAAGGAGGUUGGUGAGCAAAAUUAAUGAUCGGUGAAGGUUUUAGUGUACAACUGCAGAUCUAAAUGAAUCCUUGCAUAUUUCCACACAUGAUCAAUGUCAUCAACAGGGAUUGGGAGUCACAAUCACAUUUUUGUGAGUUGAUGGUCGUUUCAUAAUUAAUCAUGAUACUUCUUCUGCAAAUUAUUUAUGGUCAAAGGCAGAUAAGUGACCCCCAUUUUUUGUUAGUCCUACCAAUUUUAAAUGGUCUCAGCAGUUUCGUAGAUUUUAAGUUUUGGCUAUAUUUUGUUUUGAAAAAGUUCGUGGAAUAGGGUUGCUUUCAGGAAGGUAACAAAGCAGGGGUCUAUUGCCAUGCUUCCAAGUAAAAAUGGAAAUUUUCUGAUGGUCAGAAGUGGUAGUUUUGAAUUUUUGGCAGAAUGUUUGCAUUGCUACAGAUGCCAUCAAUGGAAAACUUGAGGGAGAGUUUUUGGGGAUCCCCCUUUACACACAGACAUUACUUUUUGUCUGGUUCCCUCUAUUUUUAGGCAUGCCCCCACCUCCUCCUCCUCCUCCUCAAAUCUUGCAAGCUCUCACCUAUUAUUAGGGAGCUUUAGCAAUGACGACGGCGACGGCAACCAGACUUCAAAAAAGCAAUACGUUUAUGACGCAAAACCAUCCUUGCACAACUACGACGUGAAAAUGCCUAAUUGUAAGUUUUAUGGAGGACGUAAACAAGCGACGACGAAUCUCUUUUUCUCUCUCUAAACUUGAGUGCGGUCCUCAAGAAAUCAACUUCAGGGAAAUUCGCCUAUAUUUGCCAUUUUCAGCAAAUUGGAAUAAACACGACAAAGAUUGAGAAAACAAGAAUUCAUUUUAAAACUGACGUUUUCGUUGCUGUUGUCGAUGCUAAAGCUCCCUAAUAAAAAAAUGAACAGUCUGUAAAUAAUAGCUUGUCAGUUGUAAUGCUUGUUCAGUGACCUUUCAAUAGACAAAUUUGAGGAUGAUUAAUAUUUUGAUUUUAUUGUAGGAUAAGAUCAGAAGUGUUCGAUUGGUGAGAGAUAAAGAAACUGAUAAAUUUAAAGGUACCAUAAUAAAUUGUUAUUUUUAAAAUUUUCUGGCUCUUCUCUUGAGCUGAAUUAUAAAAAAACAGAUUAAUUUGAGUCAAAUAUUUUUAGUCUACUGAUCAGAGAAGAUUGUGAGUGAUUUAAAACUGUGACUCAAUCCCUUUUGCAGGUUUCUGUUAUGUUGAAUUUGAUGAUCUCGAUGCUCUUAAGGAAGCCCUAUCAUAUGAUGGUGCAGUAAGUACACACAUGUUCAUUGAUUGGCUAACCAUUAGUCAGUCUUUAUUAAACACUCUCAUUAAACCUUCAAGUCCCAAUAGUGACCAAGAUCAAUUUUCUCCUAAUAAUAUCUAUACAUUGUCAACAGCUAAGUUAUAAGAAUUAAUAAAAUGAUCACCCAAGUAAAAAUGCCUUGAUCUUUUAACAAAUUCUCUCAGCUCAUUCUUUAAGGAAAUGUAUGGAGAUCAGUUUGGAGAAUUUGUGUGUGGAUACUGGGGCUUAAAGGGUCAACAUAUAGUGAAUUGUCAUUUGGUGAGCUUGGGUUGCAUCUCUGAGCUGAAUAAAAUUGUGGCCAAGCCAUUGCCAAAAAUAAUGGCCAGUCAACAGACAAUGCCCGGCCAGAAUGGCGACUUGACUGGCCAAAGACUACACUGGCCAGUCAUGUUGACCUUGGGUAUUGACCGGUCAUGAACACCCUCAUUCUUGGACAAACAGCCAAAUCCACAUCUGUAAACUUAGAUUUUGGUCUCUUUGUUCAAAUACAUUAUUGAAGAAAUCACGUUCGUAAUUAGAAAAUUUAGCAAGGAUGAGUUAAUUUUUUUCAGUGGUUUGACUGGUCAGAAUUAAGGCUUGACUGAGAAAAAAUUUCUUUGGCCAGUCACUGUGUCUGGCCACUGUCUGAAAAUUAUCUUGAGCCUUGUAAGCACAGGUGGUGUUCAUGGCAGUCCUGACCUACCUAAUUGUUAAUAACACCAAGCACCAUCAAAGUAAAAGUGACUGGUAAACAACAUACAGUGCGUGCCACGAACAACAUCAUUCUUAGGGUAUUGUGGAGAUAAGAAUAUGGGCUUCUUCAAAUCACCCCAUUUAUUAUGAAAUUCUGGCUGGUUGAGUUGCCUGAAUUUCAUUCACUCCAGUGCAUUGCAGGUUUGUCAGAAAGAUUUGAAGUAGACAGCUGAGUUGUCAAAGUAAGCGCCCAGUCCAGGGAUAUUUUUUUUGAAUGCCGUCUGUAAAGAAAUGCUAAGCAGAGUAGCCGGCCGAUGGUAACCACGAAGGUGGCGAUUUUCACCGGCAGCCGGCUACUUUUGACAACCCUGCAUUGGAAAGUACAGGAAUGCUGAAGGCCCAGCAAUAUUUUCUUAUUAUUUUAAAGAGUAAAAGGAAGAGGUCAUAACUAUCCCCCAGUGACCAUGACAGGCUUUACUGCUUCUGUCCUGAGCAAAAAGGAUCAUGUGACAGCUGGUUUAUCAUGGAAAUUAUUAUUGUACUUAAACACUAUAUGUUCACAGCACACCCAAACCUUGCCCCUUAAUUGCUACUUCACGGCAUGCACCCCUACAAGAAUCCAAAGAAAUACCUUCUGGACAGCCUUGUCUGCUAUUCAAGCCAUCUGAUGAUGUAACUAUAAUUUUGUUAAUAUUAGAUAUAUGGCAAUCAAGGGAGAUCUCUGAGGGUUGACAUAGCCGAAGGGCGCAAAGAAGGCGGGCGUGGCAGAGGUGGAGGAAGAGGAGGACGAGGUGGAGGAGGAUAUUCUCAUGGUAGGGGUACAAAUAGUUACCUACUGGUGUAAAAUAUAAGUUAAAUAAAAAUAGGUUCAGUCCUGUGUAGAGAGAUUUCCUAUGUUAGCUAGGUUUAGGCAACGGUGGAAAGAGGUGAGGGGUGGGACCAGAGGAGGGGAGAGGGGAAGAUAAGGUAUACUUGAUAGAAAAACCCAGGCAAUCUGUGAUGGGACAGCUGGUGUCGAGUUGUCAGAGAAAACAAAUAAAGUUUUUCCUAAUUAUCAAUACACAAUUUAGAGAAAAAAUUAUAAGAAUAAUAAAUGAACAAAAUGAUCAUCAAAGAUCUUGAUCAUUUAUCAAGUUCUCUCAACUAAUUCUGUUAGGUUAUAGAGAUCAGCCUAGAGAAUUUGUAUUUGGAUAUUGGGGUUUAAAGGGUUGAUGCAACACUGCAUAUACCUGACCUGAUUUUCUGUUUCUUUUUAGGUGGAUAUGGUGACAGAGAUGGACAGUAUGGUGGACGAGGUAUUUAAAUGCAUUACUCUUUUAGCAUGGCUGAGUGGUCAGUGUCUCAAACUGACAUUCUGGGUUCAGUUCCUGUUCAUGUCGUAUAUGGCUCAGAUUCCAAGGUUUAACUCUGGUUCUCUCUUGCCACUUGAGGAUCAUUUGCUGUAGAUUAUUUAUUUGAGUGUUGAUUUAACUAGCUGAAGCAGCUAAUUGCAUUUCCACAUUGAGCAAAAAAAUCUUUACAUUUUACUUACUUUUGUAAAGGCCACACGCACAAGUUCAGAAAGUUUUAAACCCUAGAAGAAUGGCCUAAAAUUCAAAAUAGGUAUUUCACUAACCUAGUCAUAGGCUCCACCCGGUACCCAGACAUAAGAUGGAUCUUCUGGUCAUGGCUUGAUUCACAACUGAUAAUUAGUUAGAUAAAGAUUGUUAGAGAGAAUUUUUUGUAUGUUUUUCAUCACUACUUUGAUAUUUACAGGAGGUGGAAACUGGAGCAGCAGAGGAGGUGGUGGCAAUUGGGGCGGUGGUGGAGGAAGCUGGGGUGGCCGAGAAGAUGGCUGGGGUGGGCGAGAUGAAGGAAGAAGAUCUGGUGGAGGAAGAUAUGGUAACAGAAGUGGAUAUGGAGGAGGUGAUAGAAGAGGUCCACCACGGUCGGAGGAGUUUAGAGAACCUUCAGCAGGUAAGAAAGUACUCUAAUCUCUUCACUCCUUGAAGUAACCAAAGUUGAAGCAAUACAUAGCAAAACACAAAACCUCCAAAUUUCUGUACUGUAAACUGCUGCUUAUAAGACGUAGGCUUAUACAUUUUCUUAAGGGGUUUUAGGAGGGCUUAUAAAUGGAGGGGCUUAUAUCCGGAAUAGAAAAAGUGCUUCAAAACGAGCUAUAGUACUACUGUACAAAAUAUAUUUUGCUUCUACUGCCCUUUAAUUAAGCCUCAAAAGGUCAUAAUAGAUCAAAUUCAUUUUGAUACAGGCAAGAGGGGGUCUUAUAUCUGGGGGGCUUAUAAUCGGACAUCUACAGGUAGUUGGGCUUUUAGCUGGGAAGGCUUAUAAGUGUGCCAGGGGGUCUUAUAAGCAGCAGUUUAUGGUGUGUAAAGUAAAGAAAACAUGUUACCAUACCUAUUUGCUACUGCUGUGUCCUGGCACAUAAAAAUCCCUAAAGAUUCUCCAUUUGGUGAAGCAGUUGUUGCAGUGUUUUUAGAAAACAUUCACAUUUAUUUUUUUCCUUUAUAAAAACAGAGGAGCUUGCAGCCAGACCAAGAUUAAAACUCCAGCCACGCACAGUGAAAGAUCCCGUGAAUGAAGUGGCAUCAAGUGUUCAACAGAUGACAAUAUUUGGUGGAGCAAAACCCAGAGAUGGAAAUGAACGUAGAACAAACAGAGAGGAAAGAGAUAGAAGCGAAAGCAAAUCAAGCCAAAGUAGUGACUAAAGGCAAGGUAAAUCAGUAUUGAUGCUUAAUUCCUGUGGCAAAAUUUGCUUUCUUUUUUUGUUUGGUAUUUUGCUUAAUCAUUUUAUAUAGUUUUGUCAUGAUAUUACCAGCGCAAAGUUUGGUAACAAAUUCAUGCAACCAGGUUACAUACUUUCAGUUGCAUGAAAUCGUAGGUCACAUGAUCUUCAAGUAGACAAAGAUGAUUGGUGGUAGUAAUGUAUUUUUUGUCAUUGUUUCCAUUCAUUGAACUGGGCACUGAUGAAGACAUGGUACUUAUAAUAUGCAUAUUAGUGAUUCCUUAAAGGUCCCCAGUUUGGUACUGAAGUUCUUAUUGCAUGUCCUAAUCCUGUAAUUCUACUUCCACUACAGGGAAAAUAUUAUUUUAAUUGAGGACAAGACUGCUUUCUUGGAUAUUGAAGACAUCAAAAGCUGCUGCAGAAAUAAGGCACAGCACUUUCAUCUCAAGAGCAGCUCCCUGUUCAGCUAUCCAAUCAGUAGAUUUGUCAGACUAUUUCUACAUUUCAAGGCUUGGUGUAACUUGGAAGUUGUGAAAAAUCCAUAGUUGAUGAUGACUUUCUGAAACAAUCCUUCUUUAGGACUACUGUCAAUGGUCAUAGAACUGCAAGAGUUAAACAUUAUAAAUUAAUGUGCAUGUUUCUUUUUACUCUCUGUUGCUUGUUGGAAUCAUAUCCUUUAGGUAUUAUUAUAAUUCUUUGUGUACACUUGAUUGUAGAUUUAUUCCUCCAGUCAUUUUCCUUUCUCAUAUGUGAAUGAUCAGUUUUGUUUGUUAGAAUUUCAGUUACAAUCCUAUACAUUAAGUGACAUAAACAAUUUUAACAUUUUUCUUGAGGAAGUUAUUAAAAAUUGUCGAAAAAAAUGAAAACCCUCUCCUGUUCAUAUUUCACUGUUGUGUUAUUGAUGAUGACUUCAAUUUCUUCUCUCUUUGGCAUAUCGUAAUAAAAUAAAUAAUUGGUUACUUUGUUUUAACUGCACGCAGAAUGAAAAAUUAUUGCAGUUUAAAAAUUAAUAGCCACAAAUAAAGAGAAAAAAAUAUACACUUUUCUGUUUUGGGUGAUUCUCUUUUUCAACAAAAGGGUAUUCCUGUAUUCAGUUGUCCCAUUAUGGUUACUUUUAAUCUAUAUACUACUUUUACUGAAAAUGUUAGAAACUCUCCUUGAGCUCAGUAGCCUGGGUCAGGCUCAUUAAUUUUUGUAUACGUUAGUUCCAUUGUUCAUCAAAGCUUUUUCCUUCUAACUAGUAGAUGUAUUGACUAAUGGGCACUAUUCUCUGACUUAAAGAUGGUCAUUUAGUCAGGGUCAUCAGUGAAUCAGUAGUUUCACCAAUUUUCUUUAUGAUGUACUGUUUAGAGAAGAUGUUUCAUUCCAAGCAAUGGUCUGAUGGGUUGAUGGAAAUGAUGAUAUUAGGGGCUUUUUAUAUGGUACCAUAAUGACUUUCAUUCCAGAAUGAGUUUCGUCCAAGUGUGAAGCUUGUACUGCAUUCAUAUUAUAAAAUUGAACGGCUGAGCCUAAGGUGUCUCCCUGAAAUGUGUGGUUUUCAUCCCAUAUCGGAUACGCAACCACCACUCAACUCAGACUAAACAAUUUGGGAUUUUCAAUCCAGAACAAAGAUCAUUUUCAGUUGCAUGAUACCAGAAUGGAAUUUCGUACCAGAACAGGAAUUUCAUGCGGCCUGGAAGCCGGAAUGAACUAAUUCUGGAAUGACCUGUAGGGGGAAUUGAACAUUGUAAUUCGGUAUCGUGUAAACAAAUAUAGAGAAAUGUAAGGAGAUGGAGUGAAUUCAUUACAGAAUGAAAGUCAUUCUGGUACCAUGUGAAGAGCCCCUAAGUCUGUUGACCAGUCAGAAACAUUGACAUAAUGUUAAUGCUUAUUAAAGUUGUUACCAAUGAUCUGAUUUUGUGACAAGGUAUUAAAAAAAUGUAUGUCACCCAGACAGGAUUUU